CUCUUUCCUGUCUCUGGCUGUGCGCGAAUGUUCAUGUAUUCUCUCUCUAUCUCUCGCUCUGCUUUUCUCUUGGAGCAGGAGAAGAGGGUGCAAGAACAAGGGGAGGCGACCGAGCAGCAGAAGACAGGGAGAAGCGAGAUCGAAGAUUUCCAACAAGGCUUUCAAUGGCAAAAGUGCUGUCGUCAAAUGGUAGGCAGAGUGAUUAAAGGCGCAAGGAAUCUCUAGUGCGAGGGCGUGGCACCUUUCCUUUUCGCUCUGUACACUGCGUGAGCGGGUGUUCUUUGGGUCUUCGUGAAAGGAAAGGAAAGGAAAGGCGCGAUCUUUGAGGGGAUGGCUUGAGUUCUGCUCUUCUGCCUGCGACCGAUGCCGCUCUCUCCCUCUCCCUCUCAGAUCCGAAGAAGAAGAUCGAAUUCGGAUCCUGUUUUGCGUCUUCAUCAAGGAGAGGCUAAUUCUUCCUCGUGGCUGCACUGAAGAUUGUCACCGGCAAGGUUUGGGAGGUAGAAAUGGAAAUGAAUGAGGACAGGAAGUUUGGGUUGGAGAAGAGCCAUGGAGAUCACCUGAACAACCACAGUUCCGGUGUCUCUGCUGACUGGCAAUUCAACACCCCUGCAAUGAGUGCAGCGCCGCCGCACCCUUCCACCGCCGCCAGCCUCGUGCCACCGUUGACUUCAUCUCCGCUUCUUUCGGCUCCAGUGCCGGAGGCCUUCGUUCCUGGUCUCUGGAACUACCAUACUAUGAGUGUUGGAGGAAGUAACAUCCAGAAUACUACGAGUGCCAUCGGUUCUAUACCAAUUGGAAGACCAGUAGCCAUGUCCUCCAAAGGCAUGCUUCUAUCAACUCCUCCCGUAAUCUUUCCUCCUAGCUUGCCUCAUUUCCCCGCCGAUUCAGGUUUCAUCGAGCGGGCAGCAAGAUUCUCAUGUCUCAGUGGUAGUAGUUUUAUGGACAUGAACCUCCUCAGGCCAUCUCAAUCAGUGGCUCCGGCAAGAAAGGCUUCGAAGGUUGUCAUGGAAACUCAGGUUCAGAACACUGAGCUGAGUAUGACUGGUGACAAAGCAGUCUCUCUGCCUGCUGCCUAUGGAUCCAUUGAUCAAAGUCGGAUGGACACCCAAAGAGAUCGAAGAAGCUCUCAUAUCUCAAACAGCGAAUCCCAAGAAACAAAUUUCUGUGAAGGUGGACAAGAAGGGAACGUUGAUUCAUCAGAUGUAGCUGGGAAUUCAUCUCCUAGUGAUCUUGGUGCAAACAAGAGAAAAAGAACCAUUCGGGAUAUGGAGAAGGACCAAGUUCAAAGAGGUCCACAAUCAUCCUCGGAGGCCACAAAGGAUGACACUGAAACUAAACACAAAGUAGAACAGAACAGCUCCAAACACGGUGGGAAAAAUGGGAAAGAUAACUCAGAAGCUGCAAAGGAGGGUUAUGUUCAUGUCAGAGCACGGCGUGGACAAGCCACUAACAGUCACAGUCUGGCAGAAAGAGUAAGAAGGGAGAAAAUUAGUGAAAGGAUGAAAUAUCUUCAAGAACUUGUGCCUGGUUGCAGCAAAGUCACAGGAAAAGCAGUUAUGCUCGAUGAAAUCAUAAACUAUGUUCAAUCACUCCAAAGACAGGUUGAGUUUCUGUCCAUGAAGCUUUCAGCUGUCAAUCCACAACUUGACUUCAGCGUAGAAAGGCUUCUUGCCAAAAAUCUUCGACAUUCCCAUGGUAGCCCAUUAUCUAUAGCUGGAUUCUCACAGGAGAUGAGUUACCCUCAGGUGUAUCCAUCUCAACAGGGCUUGGGGCAUGCUGGAGGCUCUACCAUGGUUAACCUUUCGGACACAUAUAGGAGAACAAUGAAUACUCAAUUACCAACAAUGAGUGGUUAUAAAGAGCCUUCAAUGCAGAUGCAUAAUCCCUGGAACGAAGAGAUCAUCAUGCAAAUGGAUUAUGAUGCUAAUCAUCCUCCAAAUGCACAAGAGAUAAAUAGAAAACCGGAUGGCUUCACAAUAUAAGACCACCACACUACCCGAGUUCCUGUCCAAAAAUCUAACCAGGCCUCAAGGUCACUAAGAAGUCGAGUUCUAGUACCACCCUUGCAUACAGUUUGAGGUCCACUGAACCGUUACAGAGUUCGUCCGUCGAUACAAGCUCCGGGGUAAGAUAGUUGUCAUCGAAGCCUCAGUGUUCCUCUCGGUACAUCCAAAGAGCAAUGCCACCAGCCUGUAAUAGGAGGAAAUGGAGGGCAUCUCACUUCCUUCUUGUUAUAUGAUGUAGCAGGUCCAUUAUGUUUUCCAAAGUAGUAACUUAGCAGAGAAAUCCAACAUAAAGUUGAGCCUCUCACUGUAAUGUCACACUAGGAGCAUAAGUUUUGCUGAUAGCAAGAAAAAUCUCAGAUGUGUUUGUAAACAGCACACCACUGUUUGUAAACUGGGUUUAUUUUCUGUGGAAAUGGAACCCAUGAUUUUGCAAUUAUUUUUCUGGUUUAAUCGACCUAGCCUUUUGUGUU